ACCAAAUGAGAUUAGAGAGAACAGGGGAAUUAGCACCAUUCAUAUGAGAGCUAACCUCUUUGUAUAUGAAAUUCUUCAAUUUGCAUAAUCAUGUGCAUUUCUUUGUAGGCUUUCAGGUGCUGAUCCAGGCUGUAGAACAACUAGUUGAAAAUAAAGCUCCUGAAAAGAUGACUUUGAAUCAGCUCGCAUGGUUAUAUUCCAUCAUGUUAACUGCCACAGUAGUAAAACUUGCCCUUUGGCUUUACUGCAGAAGCUCAGGAAACAACAUUGUUCGUGCGUAUGCAAAGGAUCACUAUUUUGAUGUGGUUACUAACGUAGUCGGGUUAAUAGCAGCUGUACUUGGUGAUAAGUUCUACUGGUGGAUUGAUCCCGUUGGUGCUCUUAUCCUUGCUAUUUAUACAAUCUCAAAUUGGUCAGCCACUGUGAUAGAGAAUGCAGUGUCACUGGUAGGACAAUCAGCUCCUCCUGAAGUUAUGCAGAAGUUAACAUAUGUUGUUAUAAGACAUCCUCAAGUGAAACGUAUUGAUACAGUUCGAGCAUACACCUUUGGUGUCUUGUACUUUGUUGAGGUUGAUAUUGAACUCCCGGAAGAUUUGCCAUUGAAAGAAGCACAUAUUAUCGGAGAGACUCUACAAAUAAAGCUCGAGAAACUCCCUGAAGUGGAACGCGCAUUUGUUCAUCUUGAUUUUGAAUGUGAACACAAACCAGAACACUCCGUCCCCAGCAAGCUGCCCAACAAUGAAUCUUAAGUGUAGAACACACAAACUAGGAGAAAUUUCAAUAUAAAGAAUAGGUCUUUGAUUGGGAGCUCAGCUGCUCCUGAACCUCUAUAAAUACUCUUGGUCAUGUUUGAGGAAUUUGCAUGAUAAUUUUUGUAUAUUGUCUAAAACAUUUCUCCUAACUUCAUAUUAUCCAACAUACUGGAUUUAUUGAAA